AUGCCCAGCUUCGAUGAGCCCUCCCUGAAGGCCACUUUUAAUGUGACCAUGGGUCAUCACAAGCGCUUCCAAAGCUACAGCAAUAUGCAUAUCCACGCUGUGCAGCCCAACCGUGAGAUACAGGACUAUGUAUGGUCCGUGCAUGAGGUUACGCCCUUGAUUCCCACACAUUUGCUGGCCCUUUCCGUUAAUAACUUCAACUGCCGGUAUAGCCAAGCAGCCAGUACGAAUCCAGUUCGAUUUCGGACCUGUGCCCAGUUGGCUGAUAUGCGUGAGACCUCCUUUGCCGCCCAAAUGGCUCCUCAGAUUCUGGAGUUUCUGGACAGUUUGCUUCAGGUGGAACUACCACUGGAGAAGAUCGAUCAACUGGUGGUGGAUGAUUUUCCUGCAGCAGCCACGGAAAAUUUCGGCCUCGUCGUCUACAGUAGCACACAGCUGUUGCUCCGUGAAAAUGGGCCAAUGACCAAGGAAAAAGUGGAGGCACUCGAGCUAAUCUCUUAUGAAAUGGCACAUGUGUGGUUUGGCAAUCUGCUGGGAAUGGACCUGAACUCAGACAUCUGGUUAACGGAGGGACUAGCCGGAUACUUUAAAAGCCUGGCCAUGGAUCACUUGCAAUCGGGAAUGGGUCGCCGGAUACUGCUCAGGUAUCGCGAAUCCUCCAUCAUGUACGAAUCGCAGGUGGGCGGCAUAUCCUUGGUGCCUCCUUUAUCAGUCGCCCCUUCUAAUGAAGAGAAGCAACUGUACCAGAAGGCCACCUCUCUGAUUUAUAUGCUGAUUGGCUUUUUGGGCAAUGAGACUUUUUACGAUGGAAUUCGGCGGCACAUGUGGCAGAACUCCUUUGGCAGCAGCACGCCCGAGCUCUUCUGGAGAUCCCUACAACUGGCCAGUGAAAGGGAGGCCGCUUUGGCCAAGAACUGGGAUGUCAAAAGCAUCAUGGACACGUGGACUAUGCAAGACGGCUAUCCGUUAGUCACUGUAAUCCGGAACGGGAGUGAAGUAUUCCUGACGCAGAGACACGCCCUCAACCGCAGCAGUUCCCAGCUUUGGUGGAUUCCGCUGACCUACCUCAUAGAGGGCGGAUCUGUUUCCAAAAACCUCGAGCCGAGGGCGUGGCUUAGUGCCGACAGCCAUAGCAUAAAACUAAAUGCUAUAGUUCCGCCUAACCAGUGGAUCCUUCUUAACCUGCGCGCGGUUGGCUACUACAGAGUCAACUAUGACGAGCACACCUGGCAGCUUUUGGCCACCACACUGUUCGAUGACUUUCGUAGCAUAAAUGUCCUAAACCGUGCCCAGAUCGUCAGCGAUGUUCUAUUCCUCUGGAAUCAGGAGCUGCUCACCUGGUCCACUGCCUUCAAUGUAUUGAAGUACAUCAUCAACGAGGACGAGUACGAACCUCUCGUGGCUUUCGUUGUGGGCGUGACCAAUGGUUUCUGUGGUAUCUCGACGGAGAGUUCGUUUAGCAUUGCGAAAUGGCUUGGUAUUGCUGCGAAAUGGUAUGCAGAGUUCAUCAGUUACACGUUCGACAAAUUCGUGGUUCAGGAUCCCAGCCAGAAUCUGAAUAGCCUUGACUACCCAGACUAGCCGGAAACAAUGGUGGCCCACUCGAGCACCACAAACUAAUGGGCCAGGGCAGAUGCACUCCCAUUUGCCCAGUGGCAAGUCUCCAUCUUUGGGAGCUGGCGAAAUGAAACCGCCAUCAAUGAACCGCAAUUGUAUUUGUUUGCAAAUAACUGAGCGUUAUCUGAGACUAUUUAUCUU